GCCGUCGCCGCCGUUUCGUGGUUUGGCAGUGAGGGGUGUGAAAGUGGGGUGUGCUGAUAGGGAGCCAACAAUUGCCAGAAGAUAACUGUUAAGUUGGGCAAAAGCGGUUGCCAUCGCUUUUUUGUAACGGUUUUGAAUUACGGGUUCAAGACGGCUCCGGAUGGCUAAUUAUAAUUAGUAUAGCGAUUUAGUUGCUGCCGUAGAGUUGGAAGAUGCCCGUGGCAACGUGCGCUUUUCGGCAGGAUGGCAGAGCGUGGUAGAGCUUCCAGUUGAAGAGCCAUAAUUAGUUCUUCAUCGCUUUCAAGUUUUCCCUACCACCCAAGGAUUUCCUGAGGAUCCAGAGUGCUGCUUCGUGCGGGAAAUGAACAACUCGGCUGCUGCUUAAACUUUGCUGCUCUUGAGGCGUGUUCAACUAGAAAGAGUUCAAGUUACAUCGUCGAUUCUGCUGUGGGGUGAAUUCAAUUAAGGUGGCUCAAGUUGCGCUUAAUUUUCGGUGGUUUCGCUACGUGUGGGUCAUACGGAUCAAGUGGCUCUAAUGCGUGUAAUUUAUCGAGUAAAUUGAAAUACUGCUCCGCAGUGUGGGGGUUGCGUUUGUGGCAAAAGUUAAAUGGUUGAUGUGGUCGUCGUCGUUGUACCAUCUGCAAAGCUCAACCCAGUGAAAACGUGUGCGCUACAUGCCAUAUCACCAUGUUGCAUAAUUCAAUUAAAGGAGAAAGUUAAAUAUUGGCGCUUGUAAGAGUACGUGGAUACAUAUUGAUUCAUUAAUUAGAGUGUGCAGUACAUGUGGCUAUCUACAUCCUAACUGUGUAUAAAGUGUGUGAAUAAGGUACAUAUAGGUGUUCAGGAUUCAUUAGUUUCGUAAGAAAAUUACCAAUUCUUGCAGUCAAUGAACAACGAUAAUAUUUGGAUUACGCGUUCCGGAUCAGUGCGCUGCAGAAAUAGUGAGCUACUUCAUGGAAUUGGUAUCAGGAGCUGCCAGUGGAACGCACUGAACGGCCACAUCCCGGGACAUAAUCAUCAUCAUCAUCUAGCCGAACGUAACAGUUUCUCCGCAAAAUCCGCAACGUACACACAUCCCCAGACCAGAGCACCAGAAAUCUUUUCCAUCAACAGAAAGUUUCCUUAUUAAUUUUCUGGUUCGAAACUCACAUGCCGGGACUCGGCUCGCAACAACAACGUGAUUGGUCCUGGCUCACCAACUUCCCGGUUUGCGAAACGAGCUAAACACACAUUGAUUUGAGUUUGUUUGUACGCCAGCAUCAACAACAGCAGAAACGUUCCCAGCAGCCAGCAGCGUUAGUCAAGUCCUCCAUGGUAGUGGCCUCCAAGUGAAAUUUGAAAAUUAAAUGUGAUUUACGGGUGGGUGUGAUCGAAGAAGACUCCGAAUCGAAGAAGUUUCGUGUCGCGUAUGAGCCCCGGCGGUGACAGGGUGAUCAAGAACACGAAAGCCUCGGUGGCGUGAAGCGUGUAUGUGUCAGUCAGUGCAUGGUGAUUAAAAUUAGAUUGGCGGCGCCGCCGUGGCUAAACCAGCAGGUGGAGAGUCAAUCAGGGCGAAUGAAAAUCGGAUGAUCAACUGCUCUGGCUCUGGUUGGCAUAGGUGAAUUAAGCCAAAGGAAGGUAGCAAUAAAAGUGGAACGUUUGUUGUGGAAUGGAAGACGACAGAGAUAACACGAGCUAAGGUUUCUCCGGUGAGCCGUUGUCGUCUCGUCGUCGUCGUUGGUUUGGGGCUUGCGGACGAGAGUGAAUGAUUGCGAGUGAGUGAAAAGUGCAGAAUUAAAUUGGAGGUGAAAUUUAUUGGAUUAUUUGGCCAGAUUGGAUGACGGGAGGGACGCAGUGAACAGAGAAAACGACGAAUUGGACCAAUUUGGAGCAGAUUGAAGAUUUAUUUAAAAAUUUAAUAUCGAGUUACGAAAUGUUCUCAACUACAACGGUGAAGUUUAUGCAGUAGGAUAUAAGAUUUCCAGUGCGCGUCGUGUAGUCAUCACCAUUGUUCCUGAAUUUACAACUCGAAAGAGCAUUCAACGUUGAAGCACAAGUUCAUAUAACUCUAAGAGAAAAAAAACCAUCACGGAACGAACGGAAUAAACUUCUGCCAGCUAGCUUCCAGUAACACAAAACGCACCAACAAUGGCUGCCACAAUGCGAUCCGGAGGUUUGCACCACGCUUCAUCGCUAGGAAACAUAGAAGCAUCCUCGUCACAGUCGAACACAAACCUAGCCGCCAGGAGUUACGAUUCUGAAGAUGAAAACAUGGGCAGGAAAAAGGGACGCCCAUUCGACACGGGACCUGGCUCGAGAGCACCUGUCUACUCGAAGGGAGAUAUCCGCGAACAGUACUGCUUGACAGACAGACAGCUCAACUCGAUAGAGCAACCAAGGAGGGAACGAUUUUUCGGCUGCUGGUCGGGCCGGAAUGCACAUCAGUCCUUCCUGGGGGUGUGCGUGGGGCGGAGAGCACCGUCCGAUGAGAAUCUGGCCGACUACGCCCCAAUGCAACGGUAUCCGAGAUACAUUAAUCCGGGACCCAUCACAAAAUCCAUUCUGCAACAGUACGACGAUGAGCUGGAUAAUCCGUACUUCCGUCGAAAACCGACAUCGUUUCUGGCGGGAAGUGCCGGAGGAGCGGGCACGGGAACCGGAGGUGCGAUGGUCACUGGCAGCAGUGCCACCCUGCCAGCGGGAGAUGUCAGGCGCUGCACCUGGAUGCCAAUGGACGACGAAGCCGUACGGAUAGAGGGACCAAGACUGUACCGAUGCCCAGCGCACACGGAUCUUCCACCGCCGCCACCACCACCGAACGUUGGCCUUAUCGAUGGCAUCGCAGGUGGACCUCCGAGGACCAAGCACGUCAGCUUUGCCCGCUCGUACACCCUGACGUCCUUCGAUGAAGCCAUGGGCGGUCGACCGCUAUCCCGUCUAGUCGCAGCUAGAAGCCAAGAAAGACUGAUAGGAGGUAAAAAACCAACCAUCACCCUAGCCCAGCAUCAGCCACCGGUCGCACAGUAUGGAACGCCUUUGCACUCCAUACUCCAGCAGCCGAACCACCAGCCACUCCUGGCCCAACAGUUGCAGCAACACCAGCAACUACAGGUCGGUCAGCCGCAACCGCCCUCUGUCCACCAGCACAUUCACACCCACCAGCACCUGCAGCACCUCCAGGCUCAUCCCGGGCAGCUCAUUAGUCAACAUCCACAUCAACACCAGCAUCACAUAGCAGUAAUGCAACAGCAACAGCAGCAGCAACAACAGCACCAUCAACCUGCCCCUGGAAGUGGUGGUCUGCUGACAACAAGCUCAGCACCAUCGGCGAUCCAACAGCAACAGCAGGAGGUCGUAGUGGUAGAGAAAAUCAAACGAAGUGCCAUGAAAACGCAAGCAACGCAAACCGAGGUGUACUUGAACAAGAAAGCUGCCGCACCGCACCAUCUGUCGCUGAGUCCGAGGACAAUUCACAGGGUAAAAAUGGUUUCGCAAGGAGCGCAGACUAACGGGGGACUGAACGGGAGAAAACUGACGAAAAGCCUUUCGGAGGCAGCCGAUCGCGUACAGGAGAACGGUAUCGAUAUCGGGGGCGAACCGGAAGAACUGAAAACUCCUACUGAGCACGAGCAGCUUCAUCGCACACAGUCCGAAGAGCCACCCAAAUCACCUUUCACCAUCACUCCACCGCCAUCAAAAUCACCGCUCAUACAACAUUUUGAAUUGCCUUCGCGUGCAUCGUCCCAGAUGAGCCAUUCGGAAACAUCUCGAAGUGACACCAUCAUGACUCAUUCGAGGAAUCAUUCCCAGGACAGUGCCACUUCAUACCGCUCUACCGAUGGAUCCCGGGCUUCGUACGAAACUAGUUCCUACCCGUAUGAGAUGUACGACAGCAUCAUUAUUCCUAGACGGGGAAGUCAUACAUUGUCCAAUGAGCCGUUACAAGUUUUACGGAGAGACAUUGAGCAAGUUCAUCACCACGGUCAUGAGAACGGUUACGUGUUCGAAACACACAGCCUUCCAAGGAGAACUUGCAUCCACCACAAGCCGGAAGAAUUUCAUACUCACACAUUGCCACGACGUGACUAUCACCCACAUCAUCAUCACGAAAUCAUCUUCAAGGAUCAGCUCAAAAUGCCUCCCCAAGAGAUGCUCAUCUCGAACGGUAGUGUUAAUCAAGAUAUUCGUUCUUUCGACAGCAAUAGUCUCAAUAGGCGAAUGUCUACCCACCACAUAGCCAUGCAGCAAGAUAAACAAAACCAACAACGGCGAGCUUCCUACGCUUACGUUACUCCGGAAACGCACACCCUAACCCGGCGAAACUCAAUCACCCAUCAGCAAGUGCAAAAAGUGCAACCAAUGAUCCAAAUACAGCAACAACCUCAAAUACCGAUGCAACCUCCUCCGAAACAACAGCAGCAGCCACCUCAGCAACAACAGUUCCAACCACUAGUCAAGCCUCAGCCGCCCAUAUUCUCGCAACCAUCCCAGCCACCGCCAUCCUGCCCAAUCACUCCUCCCAACAUCCAGCCCAUGGAUAUGCACGACGACACAAAGUCCUCUUCCGAUGAAAGUUGUUCCACCUGCGAAUCAGACAGCGAAAAGGACGACAAGGAAGAGCAGGAAAUUUUCAUCGAUUUCAAACCUCGUGUCUCGCCCACUCCAUCGCCCAGCAACCUAAAGAAAAAGAAACUGCAAAAAACGCUCUCCGAGGGGGAAAUCCUACUCGACCGAAAAAAGACAAAACCAACCGACCAAACCCCGACCAGUGCCAUCUCCGCCAGCGAAGAGGAUCUUAAAUCUCCAGUCGUCGACCCGCACAAGGAUACCAAUCUACAGUUCAGUGAAACGCCCAUCAAAGAUGAAGGCAUUUUCAUUGGGGCGCCGCCGGUGCCGCCGGGAGAAUCGGACCAACGGAAGGAAUCGUUUCGCAAGCGGUCCGUCAGUCUGGAUGAUCCAACCAGCAUGGAGGAAGAGAAGGGUUUGCUCGAAGAGCUGGAAGCCGACGGCAAAGAUGACAGGAUGGCAACGGCACCACCUUCGCCAUCGCGCGAGGAACGACUUUCGAUCAAAUCCUACUCGCCGUUCCACUCGUCGGAAUCACUCGCCACCAGGGACAAUUCGGACGGGAUUUGGAACGAAUCGCAGGCCACCAUCAUGACUCCGAGUUUGACCGAAAACGGAAUGCUGACGCCUACAUCGAAGCGGAAAAAUCUGCUCCUACAGCACCAACAACGCAGCUCGAUGGAUACGGAUGCACUCGAUAUGGAAGACAUUGCCGACCAGCCCCUCCCACCGCUCCCUGUGACAGUCUCCGCCACGUCCCAAAACAACAUUUCGUCUGCUAGCAUCCAGUCGGUAGCACCUCAACUGUCAUCGCUCCCUUGGACAGCUACCUCGCCCAACGGAACAGUGCCAACACCAGCAACAGCAGCAACCCUGGUGACAACCGGCAUCGUAAAACCAACGCCAUCCAUCGCCGUGAUUCCAUCCCUUAGUAUCGAACGCGAGGAGCGAGAGCUGCUGCAGAAGCAGAUGCAAAAAACUGCCACCCUACGGCGGCCGUCGAGGCCACUGUCGCCAUCGAAACGGCGCGGUAGCGAACAGCACCAGAAGAAGCUUUCCAAGAUCGAACCACUCAUUCAUCGCUCGCCCGACAACAACGAACGCACUGUGCCAUUGAACCAAAAAGACCAACCGCCAAUUAGCGCUCCAUCGACACCACAUCAAACCUUUCCACCAGAGUUCUUCAAACAAACUGCCACCACUCCGACGGCUCCCCCGUCAUCCUCUACGUCGGCCAGGAUCACUCCGGCAACGGCCGUAGCUCCGUCACCUCGCUUCGAGCACGCCAAACUCAAAAGCGUGGAUGACAAGGACCUGUUCGGCGACGGUGGGGCCGGCUCGGAGGGCAGCACAACCGAAGACUACAACACUUGCACCGACAACUCGAAACGCACCGUCCCCGCUGCAUCGUCCGUCGGCGGAACCAAAGGUAUUUUUAAAACCACCCCCGCCAUUAGACUACCAACAGCCAAACAAGUGACAGCUCCUGCAACUCAGGAAGGCUCCUCCUUCGAAAGUGCAUCCUCGCUGUACAGUCUUGCCCGGGUGGACGCCAUUUGCGAGGACACACCACCGAUCGAGGAAAAGCCAACGGCGCCUCAAAUUCCGCCCCUGCCAAAGUUGUCUCCUGCCCACUCGGUGAGCAGUAGCUCCAGUGGCAGCUACAACAGGGCCAACAAAAAACGAACUACUUCUCCCUCUCGCUCAACCAUACCGAAAACACUGCCAUCCAAGCCAAAAAUCAAACCGGAAUCCGUUUCCGAUGAUGAGAGGAGCGAAAAACGGUAUUCCUCGUCGCACGACGAAAAAGACAUCAAGGGAACACUUGCCCGGCCGGCACGAAGGGGUCGCGAUUGGAACGAGGAAGAGCGUCGAAGGAAAAAGAGUUUGUUCAAACUGGAGUUCGACAAAGACUCACUCAAAACGUAUACCACUCCCAUGAGGCAACCCAGCCCUGGCUUUAAAAAGCUAUCUCCAGAGGAUAAAGGCGCGCUGAAUGUGCUGGACGGGGCCAGUCCAAGCAGUAAACAAAAACGCUUCCGACCGAAGACCAGAAAGUCACCACGGACCAGAACUUCGACUGGUGGAGAAGAACCGAUCACCACGCCACUGCGACGAGUAAAAACUCCCCUGAUACGCAGUCCCGAAAAACCGCUAGCGUCGACUUUGCCAGUCCAUGCAACCUCCACGCCAAAGCUCAGCCCACAGUAUUAUUCCCAAAUUCGGAGUCCUCCGUCGGGGAGUUCUCCUAUGAAACAAAAGAUUUCCCCAGAAAAGCGUCUGAAAGCCAUCUCCACCGAAUCUUUGCGCUCUGUUUCUCCUGGGUCAGAUUCCGUGUUCUACAGUGAAGCAGACGCUUUGUCCCAAUCUGAUAAGCAAAUACACUGCCACCAUUGCGGAAAGGACGUUGAAGCCGUCAGCGUUCCCGGUGAAUCAGAAGGCUCUAUGACAGCAUUGACGCUGGAUUCCACAGAUGGGGACCGACCAGAUAUUGUGCAGCCACCGGAGGGGUUCGCUGAUUCGCCUGAUUGUACGAAAACGCCGCAUCACACGCGGCUGUACAAGAAGAUGGACAAGCGAUUUCGCUCCGAAGAUCGACAUACCGAUCGUCGGCACUACAAAUCGCGGCAGGAUUAUCGAGCAAAGAGUGAGGAACGUGGAAAGGAAGACAGUGAACCGGGAACACUACGACCCGCAGGAUCUUCACCUUGUGUCGCGCCUAUAGCUCCAUACAGUGAACACCAGGGAGAACCGGAGCAAGGCGUCUACCAUGGCAAUUAUAAAGCCGGAUUAUGGAUUUGUAUUGCCGAUCGCGAUGUAUGGAGACGACACGAUCUUGUUGGUGAUGGAAGCUUCGAUCGACCUCCUCGUGAUAUUGCCGAACGGAGAGGUUCAACUGAGUCUGAGAAGGACUUUCGCAAAAAGUACCAGGCGAUCACUCAUAGACUGGUUCACCGAAAGUCAUGCGUAGAAAUGUACCGCCGUCAGAAUUCGAAUAGCUUUGAUACAGACAAAACGGUUGUGGUUUGCCGAAAAUCUGGAGAAUUUGGUUUUCGCAUACAUGGAUCCAAGCCGGUGGUAGUAUCUGCCAUCGAGCCUGACACACCAGCGGAGACCUCCGGUCUUGAGGUAGGAGACAUCGUACUCUCCGUGAAUGGGAUUUCAGUGAUCGACAAGAGCCACUCGGAAGUGGUGAAAAUCGCUCACGCCGGAAGCGAUACUUUGGAGUUGGAGGUGGCAAGAACGAUCGGUGUUUUAUCUCCUUUAGAGGACACUACAAUGAACCCAGCGAUCUAUUCCGGAUUUUUGUGGCGUCUGUCCAGUAGUUCCACCACGAAAUGGGUUCGACGGUGGUUCUCGCUUCGUCCUGACCACUGUCUUUACUUUUACAAGUCCGAAUUGGAUAAUCAACCUAUUGGUGCUAUCAUCCUUACCAAUCACAAAGUGGAGCGAGUUGUGUUGGAAGCCGGUGGUCGACCAUUUGCCUUCGCCAUCGAAACGGAAGAGGGUACAAAAGUAAAACUUGCUGGUGAUACGGAUGAAGCUGCUAGUCGAUGGAUUGCUAUAAUCAGUCAUGCAGCUCAACAAAAUGACCUUUGGUUGGAUACCAGCGCUCGUAAUCUAAGACUGCCUCCGAACGGAAUUCCUAAACCGGACUGCGUGGGCUCGUUAACCAAGUUGGGAAGCAAGUGGCGAUCGUGGACCAAACGCUAUUGCGUGCUGAAGGAUGCUGUUCUCUAUUUCUAUCAUGAAGGCACCAGCAAGAACGCUUUCGGUAUGGCAUGCUUGCAAGGGUACCGAGUUCAACCAUCUUCCGCCGGUGGUAAGAAGUAUGCCUUUGAGAUUGUUCCUCCGGAGUUGACAUUGCGUCACUAUUACUUCCAUACGGACACCGAAAUGGACAAGAAACGUUGGGUUGCCGCCCUGGAAUACUCGAUAGACCGGUGGAUGAAGGCCGGCUGAAAUACGCUGAAAAGAUACGAGCAACUCGUAUAGUAUACAUUUGGGCGCCUGCGUUCGUCAUUCUAUGUUUUCCGUUUUCUUUCGCUCCAACGAAAUUCGCUCGUUCGAUUUGGAAUGCCGUCGAAAUAGUGGUCGCGCGGAGCGGGAUUCCUCAUCAUCGCCAAUCACAAGCACAUAAACCGUUGUAGCGUGGUUGCAGUCGUGACCGACGUCGUCGUCAAACAGCGUGAUUCUUCGGAACCGCGAGAGCACAGAGCCAUAGUACGAGAUAUUUCAAAUUUAGUCUGUUUCUUCACUGCAAGAAGCAUUUUGUAACGAAUACGGAACUAGAAAUUGGUAGACUAGCCUAGCAUGCAUCUUACCCAUCGUCGGUGUUAUCUUGUUUGUGUGAUCGAAGAAUCGAAUAAUGAAAGAGCCAUUGGAGAGGCCAUUGCUCAAAAAUUGCAGAUCGUCUGAUCCUGUUUAACAUUCGACGAUUCAACUUGAAAAUAAAUCAACGAACUGAAGCAAGAUUUGAUAAGUGUAGCGUGUAGUAUUAAUGUUGCAGUCCAGGUGGUAGACUAAGGAAAAAUGUUUACGCACAUAUUAUGACGGUAAAUUUGUUCAGGAUCAAUGUGCUAGUUGACAAUGAUAGGCGUAUCAUGAGGGGGAAUAGAGCGUAAUUAUUAUAGAUCUAUAUCAAUGUUGAACAGUAUAUUCUAAAAGUUUUGAAAGGGGCAUUCGAAGUAAAUGAGCCGAAAAACCGUUGUAUAAGAAUUGUAGGAAGAAAUGUGAAGUGAUAUUACUCAAAAGUCAUUCAAGUACGAAAUCUCGACUGUACAACAUUCAAAACAUAGAAGGAGUAAUUGUGUUCAGUCCACGGUGUUUUUGAUUCGGAGAAGCUUCCGUGAGAGUUUGUGCAAAGAACUCACCACAUUUAAGACUAACCUUCACAAAGAAUCGAUGUUUAGAGCUUUAAUGUAUCAUCCAAUUCAUAAACAUUCUUACGACAACAACAGCAAGUAGAUAAUUCAUAUCAGAUUAUUUGAUUUAUAAUAUUAAUGAAAGGGGCAAUUUGUCCGAAUAAAAGAAAUCACUGAUAAAUAAAAAGUGUUAAAUCAAAAGUUUCAAACAUACAGUUCAGAAAUAUAUUAAUGCGAUCUUCGACACUCUUUCAUGAGUUAAAAUCAGACUGAUAAAGAUACGGGUCUACCUACUCAAAGCUUCAUUUUAAAGCACAAACGAAAAUUAAUGUAAAACUACCAUCAUGUUUGCCAUUUUUCAUCAUCAACUUUCUUUAUAAUCAAAGACUGUGGAGAUCGCAUUUAAAAUAAUUCCGAACGGUUCUGAUUGAUUCAACUAAAAUAUGAUAUAAAACGAAACAAUAAGUGCUUUGGUCGUUGUGACAGGUAUAUUGUAGAUAUUGUCAAUAAAUCUCUUCUCCUUCAUUCUACAUGGAUGGCUUAUUCUUGUGGAACAUUCACAAUGGCAUUCAAAUCACCAUCAGUAUAAUGUCUAUAUUAUUCAAAACUACUGUUGGAAAUCUAUCUUUGGCAGUAAAGUGACAAUAACUGUAGGGUUUCCUGAACAGUUUCAAUUUUCUCCGCUUCACCAAAUUAAAUCUGUUUAUUGUCACCUUUUAUCCAAUCACAAAUUCUUCUGAGAGAGGUUUCCCAUUGUUUAAAUUGCAAUGAAAGGAAUCUUUAUGAGAAUAGUCCAUUGUCCACAAAAAAUGACUUACAACACCAUCCCGCAAGCCAAAAAAAAACUAGAGGUGUGAAAACGAAUGACCUUAAACGAAAAGAUAAAUUAAAUGCGUUAAAGUAAAUCGAGUAGUUAAAACAAAAUUAAAAAUGCAAUUUAUUACCACUUUUUUUUUGUAAUCGAAAAAGUUGAAAAAUUAUGAUAAGUUAUUGGAAUUCAGAAGAAAAUAUAAUGUAGUUCAAGUUUUAUAAGAAGUAUAUGAAUUAUAGAGAAGGUGGAUAUAAAUCUAAAUAAAAAAUUUGAUGAUGCCAUUCGAUGAAAGUUUAAGUUAGGGUAGUAUUUACAAAACUAAAAUUAUUAUAUGAAUACAAAUCGAAAAGUUAUAGUGAACUGUUCAAAGUUUUAUUUGGAUAAUAGUUUAACGAAAUAUAGGCAGACAAAACACCCUAACACAUGAAACCAACUGGCACUCAUCUAUCCAAGCUGUAGUUAAGAAUAUCAAUUACUAUUGAAUAGACGUACUGUAACGCAUUCUCAUUAUAGACACUACAAAACAAUGCUUCGAUAGACCGCAACUGGCCUGUCCCGUCAACUGGAUUAGCUUAUCGAAAAUAAUACUGAGUUAGGGAACUAAAAGCACUGCCAUUUGAAGCAAGCGAUGCAUUGAAAAUCGGAAGCCGUGUCGAUGGUCACGUAGCGUGAACUGUGCAGAAGUCAGUAAUGCGGCAACGAUCCAAGAAUGUUAUUUCAGGCGUUAUGAUAAACAUGCAGUCAGAAGAAAAGGUGCGAAAUAGACCAAAUCCUAGAACCAAUUGUGAGAUUACAUAUUGACGAUAGUGAACGAAAUAAAUCGAAUAAUGAUGAACAGUAA